AUGCACUUCUGCACACGUUGGUCCCUCCUGGUUGCCUUCCUGUGCCUUGCCUGGGCAGAUGCCAAGCACGUGGGGUGCUUCACCGCGGAGGAACUGGCAAAUGACCCGAUCCCGGUGCAGCUUCGGAACUGGGUCCCGCUGUUGCAACACCAAGACUGCGUGCAGCUGGUUCCGUUCCUGCAGAGUGAGCAGAACAGCCGCUCCCCCUCCCAGAGGCAACACGGCCACAGCUGCCCGAACCUGAAGCUGCAGGAUAUGCAGAGCGACGAAGUGCACAAGCGCUCCAUCUCGCCCUGGACAUACUACAUCGAUGAAGAUGAGAACCGCUUCCCCCGCCAGCUGGCCUUCGCCCGGUGCAGCUGCAAAGGUUGCAUCGAUACCAAGUACGGCCGGGAAACCACCAACCUCAACUCGGUGGAAGUCAAACAGAGAACCAUGGUCUUUCGCCGUAAGGCCUGCCCGCCCAACGACAGCGGCGUGGAGAGGUUCUUCUUCGAGAAGGAAUACGUGGAGGUGCCCGUGGCCUGCACCUGCGCCGUCCCGCGUUACCGCAACUGA